AUGAAGACGACCUCGCCUUUGGCGCCAUGCGGGAGCCAACGCGCCGCACCGAUCCAGGAGCAGGUCGCAGCGCUCGACACCGCCUUCUUCCAUUCGAGCGAGUCGCCUUGCAUCGGCAACGACCCCGCCGAGUCGUUGACGACGGCGAUCCAGGCGUUGCAGCCGCUAUUGACCAAGUCCGCCGCGGCCACCUAUCCCAGUCACAUCUUGGACUUCGCCGUACAGUGCAUUGCGGCCUUGCCGGUCGAGACGAGCGCGGUCGUCCGCGAAAUCCAAAAGCUGCGCUACGUUCUCCCCGACCAAAUGCCAUGCAGCAUGGUGGCACGAUCCGUAAUGCAUGCACCGCCAUCGACGUCGCUGUCGAUCGCGUCCAAGCCAGAGGCGCACAACGUUGGCUGGAGCAAUGGCGCCAAUCCGACGUCUCAAGUGUCGAUCAAUGGCCAGUACGCAGCCGAUGCACACGCGAUGACCCCAGAGACGACCAGGAACGUGCGCCCGAAGAGAGACAUGGAUCAAGCCGCAAUGUUUUCAGCCAACAGCCAAGCCCGUCCGACCGAGACGGACCUCCCGCGCUCUUCCGGGAGUGAAAAGCCCGGCUGGGCCCAGCCUGCAACGUUUGGACGCAGCGCCUCCGAGUCGGCCACCGGCAUUUGA